AUGGCAUCCGCUCCCCGUCUUCGAGUUCCGUCCCCGCAUCCCCCAGAGGCGCACAAAGCGCGGGCAAUGGAAUCUAUCAGCGACACCGCGUCCAAGGCCCGCAAGGCAGGACGGCCAGCUCUUCUAUGGUUCGAUGAGAUGCCGAAAUGGUUCCGACUUGAAUCUAACCAGUGGAUUCUCCGUGGCUAUCGGCCCAUCUCAGGCUCGGCUCACGCUUCGUUCUGCAGUUGGUCGUAUAUUCACAACGAGUCAGUCAACAUCUAUUCUCACCUCAUACCAGCCGUUUUCUUCCUGUGUGGCGAGUGGUAUAUCCCGCAGUACCUUGCCAGCAGAUACUCCGGGGCCACUGGCGCCGAUAUUAUUGCUUUCUCCAUCUUCAUGUUGACAGCCGCCACGUGCCUGUCGUUGUCGGCAACGUACCACACCUUGAUGAACCACUCCCGAGAGAUGGGACAUUUCUGCCUGCGACUGGACAUGCUGGGUAUAGUGAUCUUCAUACUGGGCGACCUUGUCUUGGGAAUAUACAUGGUUUUCUGGUGUGAACCGUUGCCACGCAAUAUCUACUGGUCUUUGGUUAAUUGGAGUUUUCGGGACGUUGACCAUCUUCAUGACAAUGCAUCCCAAGUUCCAGGGCCCAAAGUAUCGCCUUUUCCGAGCAUUGAUGUUCGUGGCGACUGGCUUGUCCGGUGUUGCACCCUUGAUUCAUGGACUCAAUGUGUUCGGCAUGUCGCAGAUGAUGAGAAAAGCUUUUCCCUAUACUCUGGCAAAAGCAGGCUGCCUUCUAUCUGGGACUUUUUUUAUGCAGUAAGUCUCCCAAUUCCGCACACAAGAGAGAAAAUGACCCUAACACAUGUGGUUCUGGAGACCAGGUUUCCCGAAAGCCAAUAUCCUGGCAAAUUCGACCUAUGGGGCUCCCAUUCGAUCUUUCACAUCCUGGUCGUAUGCGCCGCUGUGGUCCAGUUGAUGGGGUAUCUGGAUGCCUUUGACUAUGCGCAGGCAAAUCUUACUUGCUCGUCCCUUUGA